CCGCUCACCCUCGCGAGGCCCCAGGGAGCAGGCGCUGCGCAGUGUGGAGGUCGUUGGAGUCACUUCCCCGUCACCAGCUCCUGUGCCUGUCAGUCGGCGCCCCUCCCGCUUCAGCCAUGCUCUCCGCCCUCGCCCGGCCUGCCAGCGCUGUUCUCCGCCGCAGCUUCAGCACCUCGGCCCAGAACAAUGCUAAAGUAGCUGUGCUAGGGGCCUCUGGAGGCAUCGGGCAGCCACUUUCACUUCUCCUGAAGAACAGCCCCUUGGUGAGCCGCCUGACCCUCUAUGAUAUCGCGCACACACCCGGAGUGGCUGCAGAUCUGAGCCACAUCGAGACCAAAGCCGCUGUGAAAGGCUACCUCGGACCUGAACAGCUGCCUGACUGCCUGAAAGGUUGUGAUGUGGUAGUUAUUCCGGCCGGAGUACCCAGAAAGCCAGGCAUGACCCGGGACGACCUGUUCAACACCAAUGCCACGAUUGUGGCCACCCUGACCUCUGCCUGUGCCCAGCACUGCCCGGAAGCCAUGAUCUGCGUCAUUGCCAAUCCGGUUAAUUCCACCAUCCCCAUCACAGCAGAAGUUUUCAAGAAGCACGGAGUGUACAACCCCAACAAGAUCUUCGGCGUGACGACCCUGGACAUCGUCAGAGCCAACACCUUUGUUGCAGAGCUGAAGGGUUUGGAUCCAGCUCGAGUCAACGUCCCUGUCAUUGGUGGCCAUGCCGGGAAGACCAUCAUCCCCCUGAUCUCUCAGUGCACCCCCAAGGUGGACUUUCCCCAGGACCAGCUGACAGCACUCACUGGGCGGAUCCAGGAGGCCGGCACGGAGGUGGUCAAGGCUAAAGCCGGAGCAGGCUCUGCCACCCUCUCCAUGGCGUAUGCCGGUGCCCGCUUCGUCUUCUCCCUUGUGGAUGCGAUGAAUGGAAAGGAAGGUGUUGUGGAAUGUUCCUUCGUUAAGUCACAGGAAACGGAAUGUACCUACUUCUCCACACCGCUGCUGCUUGGGAAAAAGGGCAUUGAGAAGAACUUGGGCAUCGGCAAAGUCUCCUCUUUUGAGGAGAAGAUGAUCUCGGAUGCCAUCCCCGAGCUGAAGGCCUCCAUCAAGAAGGGGGAAGAUUUCGUGAAGACCCUGAAGUGAGCCGCUCUGAUGGGUGGCCAGUUUCCUUAAUUCAUGAAGGCAUCAUGUCACUGCAGAGCCGUUGCAGAUAAACUUUGUAUUUUAAUUUGCUUUGGUGAUGAUUACUGUAUUAACAUCAUCAUCCCUUCCAAAUUGUGGGUGGCUCUGUGGGCGCAUCAAUAAAAGCCGUCCUUGAUUUUA